AUGCAGUCCAUGGCAGCAACUCAAAGUAACCUGGAAGUGUCCUCAGCUCAGCCAUCUGCUCCAAUGUUUCUUAAUGACUUUCGUGAAGUGCGGUCUAAUCCUGUAGAUGGCAAGAUCCAGGCACAGGAUUUCUUUGUCUACCGUCCACCUCUUCAUGUUUCCGAGAUUCGAGGGUGUACUAUUUUUGAUACGUGUGCAAUUGUGAACACGCCCGACGUCAUGGAUUUGAGUUCUAGGCAUGAUGUAGAUGGAAUUCUAGCAAGCAACAACGAUGAGCGCAUAUUGAGAUGCGCUUACAGAAUCCAGACCGCAUUGCCACCUGAUUGUCGCCAUGCUGACAAGGUCCUAUUCGUGACCGAUGACUGCAACUUGCUUCUAAAAGCGGCUGCUCACUCGGUGAAAUGUAUGUCAUCUGAGAAUUAUUGCAAACUUAUGGAUCAGUCAAGAAUCCCGGAAGAUCCAGAGGAACCAAUGGAUGUCGAUCCUACACCUGAACAGACUGCAAAUCAAGGCAAUUCAUCUGAGCCAUCACAUUCGCAAAAUAAUGAACCAAAACCAUCUCAACUAAGCAGGGAGACGGAAUCGAAACCACACGCAAAAAAUAGAGUAACAAUAUCUCCUGUUGCUCAUACUCUAGCGAAUCCUCCGGGAGAGUCAAUUAUUAAGGAUAGUUUGCAAUUGAGCACUAAGAAGAUUGAAAAAUCGGUGGAGAGCUCACGAAGCUUGAAGGAGGAGCAUUCUUCUGCCUUGUUGGAUAUUCAGAACCGUAAUUAUAAAGAAGCAAAGAGAAGUCAGUAUUAUGUUGCAUCCGUUCCUGACAGUGCUACCGCUAGAGAGCACAGACCGAAGGAGAAAAGUCAGUCUCAAAGCGGACUGGAUCUUCGCCAAGAGCAAGGAGUGAGAAAACCAUAUGAGAAGUCAUAUCUUGGAGGCGAAAGUCCCUCACGAGCUACAGCUGCCUCUCGGCACUUCGAAGAAGCCUCGCGAAAUCGUCACAGCAUUUACUCGUCUAAAGCGUUGUCUCGUCAACCGCAGAGUCCCUGCAGAAGCCCUAGAUUCGAAUACAAUCGCUACUAUACUUACAGUGGUCAUGACGAGCUAGAAAGCCAAGUCUGUAGUCAGUGUAAGAGGCGUUAUCCCACUAAGAGCACUCCCGAAAGGAAGGAUAUUGCUGCUCCUCCUUAUAGAAAACGAAAGAGGGGCAAAAAGCGGUCUUCAAAUAAAGAUCCGAGGUGUGAGACUGACUGUUCUCGUGUUCAACCUGCCCGUGAUACUCCUGUAAAGUCUCCCAGUACUUCAGCUCGUCAUGAUGAGUUGCUUUUGAUAGAACAGAGGGAGAAUACGUCAACAAAAAGAUCUCAAUCGGCUUCUGAACUUGCUCUAAUGGAAUUUUCAGAGAUCUGGAACGGAUUAGCUGCGAAAGUGUUUGAGAAACUAGACCAAGGAAAUCCAUCACAGAAAGCCCGGACGGACAUUGGAAAGUUGCGAGAUUGCGCUCGACGAUUGUACGAGAGUGGCGAUAUACGUCAUCUCAAGGAAUUCGUGGCAAUGACAACUACAUUGUACUACUACUACACUUUUGAUCCUGCUCUCAAAAAUCUGGUGGGACCUCAUUCGUCAUGA